AUGGAAUUGAGCGUAUUAGCUUGGUUGAUUUCAAGCAUUGUAUUCUCAACAGCUAUCAUCACAGUCAACAAAAGCCUUACAAGAUUAUAUCAUUUCACAUACAUGGGUACAUUAACAUCGAUUCAUUUCUUAUGUACUUAUAUUAUUUUAACAAUUAUGCAAAAACUUAAUAUAAUUGAAAGUGCUAAAGAUUUUCCUAUUACUAGAAGAUGGCUGUUGGCUCUCUGGGGCGUUGGUUCCGUUGUAUUCAUGAAUUUAAAUCUCGCUACUAACUCAGUCGGUUUCUAUCAACUAUCCAAAAUGUGCACAAUCCCUGCGUUAGUUAUUUUCAAUUAUAUUGCGCUCAAAAAGACAACUCCAUUAAACACAUUAUUUUCGCUUACAAUCCUGUUAAUAGGUGUUUAUCUUUACUCAGUAAAUGAUGUAGAAGCUAAUACAACGGGCACAAUAUUUGCUGUCCUUGCCAUUAUAGCCACAACUGGUUUCCAAGCUAAAAGUAAUUUAGAACAGAAGAAUUAUGGUAUAUCAGGUCCAGCAUGUCAGCAUGCUACUGCUCUUCCACAAUUUGUGCUUAGUUCUAUCUCAGCUGUCAGUACAGAAUUUUUCGGAAUAAAUACGAUUCUCGAACACAAAUUUACUCGAAAUGAAAUAAUUACUAUUAUUGUUAGCUGCUUAUUAGCUGUUGGAGUUAACGUUUCUUUCUUCGCUUUGGUCGGAAAAACUUCACCAAUUACGUAUCAGGUUGUAGGACAUUUGAAAACAAUUUUAAUUCUUAUUUUCGGAAUUGUUCUAUUCCCUCCUGAGCAGAAAGUCGAAAGGGCGCAGUUUUAUAAGACUUUGCUUGGUAUUGCAAUAUCAAUGGUUGGAAUUAUUCUUUAUUCAAUAUUCCAGCACUUAAAUAAGCCUCCACCACCACCAGAAGAGCAGAAGGGAUUCUUAGAAGACCGAAAGAAAGACGAAGAACAAAAAGGAUUUUUGGAUGACAUCAAAUCAGAAACCGAGAAUAAACAGUAA